CUACUAGGACAGGUCUCUAUCCUCUCACGGCUGGCAGUCGUCAACAAACCUUCCGCCAGAUCACAACUCUCCAAACCGCUACCGACAAUCAAACUGACACUUUAUACAUAUACCGGUUUCCAGUACACCUACGCAUCAGACAUUACAUAACAGAUAGAGUUGAGACCUUUUAUUGUUGUUGCCAGUUGUUUUUCGCUACGAAAGUGGUUCCGGUUGCACAACAAGUGAUUUCGUUCGACGCAGUAGAUUUUGAAUAUCCUCCCGGCAUCUGCGCAUUUUACGCAGUGCGCAGCAUAAAUCCACAGGAUUUCCCCCGCUACUUGUAUUAGCGCUCGCGCUCCGCGUUAUUGUGGUUUCACCCGAAACAAAACCGCACCUUGUCGUUGCUGUUUGUCCGUUAGCGCGUGCAAUUCUUAUAACUCGGGGAGAACGUGCAUAUAACACGCUCCGUUACAAAUGACCUCUCUGCUACUGGCUCUGACUACUGCUACUAUUACUACUCUCCGCGUAAAAACGUGAAAUUCAGAGCGAGAAAACUUUCCGUACGUCAUUUGAAAUAACAUCAAGAACGCGCGCGCGCGCAGUUGGAGAGCAACAGCAAUAUUAAAACACAAUAUAACAGAGCGGUGUGCUGCUGCUGCGGUUCUCUUUCGAGUCGAAACAACCGUGACCUACUCUCUGCACCAGAUGUGAAUUAGGAGAUCAAAGUGGUCGAGAUUUCUCAGUUCGGUUAUCCGCAGCGCAACUUCUGAAAAGAAACAAAAAGACAACGAAAUUAUUAUAGGUCCGAAAGUGACAACCAAUAUAGACUCUUUCAUUUCCAAUCAAGAAAUAUUUCAAGGCUGCGAGUUUGACGUCAUUGGCUGAAAAGAAAACUGCACUACUAUAGCGUCCGAUAUAUAAAACAGCAGCACAAUGGCCAGCAACUUCAGCCAGGUCGACCAACAAGUGGACGUUAUUGAUGUCGACGUCCUGCAAUUUGAGAAUUUGUACCCCGUUCUACUGCAAACCUUCGUCGUCAUCGUCCUUGGGUACUUGAGUGGCAGGUGGGGCAUUAUCGGUCAAAUCGAAUCCAAAGGACUGAACACUUUUGUCGGCAAUUUCGCUUUGCCCUGCAUCAUUUUCACGGCUCUGGCAGAACUGGAUUUCAGCCGAGUCAAUUGGAUGUUUCUGAUGGCCAUUUUGAUCAGCAAAGCGGCAGUGUUUAUGGCCGUCGUUAUAUUCACGCUUCUGUUGACCAGACCGAUGAAUUUCUCCAAAGCCGGGCUCUUUGCCAUUUUCUGCACGCAGAGCAACGAUUUCGCCCUGGGCUACCCGAUCGUUGCGGCUGUUUACGGCAAUAGCCACCCAGAAUACGCCAAAUAUUUGUACGUCAUGGCGCCGAUUUCGCUCGUGUUACUCAACCCGUUGGGUUUUCUCUGCAUGGAAGUGGGCGAAAGGCUCAAAGAAAGUCGGAGGAAUUCUCAGCCAUCAACUUUGCCCGUCCAACAGCAGACGUCAGACUCAUCCACCGAUUCAGAGAGCCAAAUCAGCCGGAAGGUGAGCAGCACGGCUUCCACCGUAUCUCUAUCCAGCGCAAACCACAGCAAAAGAACCCGAACCAAUGGCUGCAAGAUUUUCUUGAGCGUUUGGAAAAAUAUGUUGUUUACUCCCAUCGUCUUGAUGACGGUCAUGGGCAUUGCCGUUAACUUUCUCUGCGAUCACCAAAUCCCGGCCAUCCUGAAAAACCUGUGUGGGGUCUUGAGUUCGGCUUUUAGUGCUACCGCACUUUUCGCCCUUGGUCUACGAAUGGUUGGCAAAUCACAAGGUUCGGGUGGUGCCAAAUUCGUUGUGCCAUGUAUUCUUAUCGGUGUCAAAUGUAUAGUGAUGCCGAUCGUGACUCGUGAAGUGACCCUCCACUUGGAACCGGGAUUGACGGCCAACGCGUCACUGGACUUGAGCAAUCUGGGUUUCCUACUGGGCACUUUCCCUUCGGCUCCUGGAAUUCUUUUCUACGCUAUCCAAUACAACGUGGCCGUUGACAUGAUUGCCACAGCCAUGGUGGCCGGAACAUUUUUCUCGCUUCCAAUCAGCGUCGUCUCUUCCAAAAUGAUUUCACUCUCGUCGGCCAAUCCGGCCGAUUACAUCAGUUUGCUCGAUUCGUUUUUAAUUCGCAUCGCCAUUGUCGGACUCGUUUGCACGCUCUUUUUGCAAGUGAUCUUCUUGGCCAGCAAGAAAUGGAAAAAGGCCCCGCAUUUCGUCACUCUGUGCCUGACCCUAACCCAAUGUAUGGCCUGCGUCGGCGUCAUACUCUGGUACACGCUGGGCCGCGACAAAAUGUGGAAGAAACACGUCCAAUUCAUGACAUUCGCCAUCGGUGUUUUCGGGUCCCGUAUCUGGACGGCCUUGUUAUCUGUUACUCUGCUUCUUCUACGCAUGAAGAGUUUAAGUUUCGUCCUCAAUAACUGUCGGCCGUUUCUCCUCGUCGCCGGAUGGGGAAUACCCGUGGUGCUUUCUUCUUGUUUAUGCGCAUUCGCCACUCACAAUCACCUUGAAGGAGACAAUCCUAAUUUCCAGUUCGGCAAACUUCAGGCUCUGGUAGCCUCGUCCGUCCUUAUCGUCAGUUUUACUGUCACUGUCGUCUGUUUGGUGUGGCAACAGAGAUUGAGCAAGCGGCCAGCCAUCGUUUCGCCGAUAGUCAGCAGCAGGAUGUCGACUUGCUCCUCUUCAACUUCGCUCUCCUUGCCAAAUGAAUUCCUUUUCGACGCUUAUCAGUGCACGCCGAGCAGCAGCACUCGAACCAGCACCACAUCCAUCGACAGCUUCCAUCGCCAGCACGUGACCAAAGGCUCGCUGCUCAUCCAAGAAUCGUUUUACAUGGGCGACCCGUCUGAUUUCGAACCCAACAAAUCUUCUGCAUUGAUGUUUGAAAGUUUAUUCAGUCCGUGUGAUGACGCACUCAAUUACGGAAUGGAAUUACCGGUCGAUGGGCAGAAGGCUUUGUCGCCUUCGGCGCACAAUUCGUACCCAAUGAUGUUUGGUGGUUCGUCGCGUUUGACAGAGCCUGAAGAGUCCAGAAUCGUUCGCGAUCGAGACGACGAGUUUCAGAUUACUCGACAUGUUGGCCUACUUCUAACUCUCAGCUUCUCCAUGUUUGUCGGUAUUGCCGUUUGCGUCUGGACUUUGGUGAUGGAAGAAAUGACGGGCAUCUACGUCAUGUUGCUCUUCCUGGAUGAAACUCUCAACUUCGGCCAAGGAAUUUUUGUUUUAGUCAUUUUCGGUUUGGAACCUCGUCGAUUUUUGGCCCCAUUCUGGUCGGGGUUGAAGCGGCGUAGCAAGGCAAAGGGCGUAACUAGUUUAUUGACAUUGACAGAAGUCAGUAAAGAGAACAGCAGAGAUAAGCAAGUUGUGGAUCAUACUUGCGAACAAUUUAUGAUGUUUUACAUGGACAAAUGCAUCCGUGAUUUGGUUUGCGAUCGCAAGUGGCAACUAAAGGAAUACAGGAAUGUGUUUUGCGGCAAUGAAAUGGUUGACUGGCUUCUUCUGAUGGGCCUGGCGCGCGAUCGCAGUCAAGCAGAGAAAUACGGGCAAGGUUUGCUCGACGGGGGCAUAAUCAACCAUGUCGAUGGAAGAAAAGAUUUCCACGAUCAGUCAUAUUUUUACUCGUUUGCCCAGUGUGAUUGAUGUGUCUAGUGUUUGCAAAGAAAUAACGUAAAAAGGAGCUCAUCAAGUCUUACUUCGCUGUAAAUGUCUUUUUGACGUGUUGCCUUCUCAUUUCUCAGUUGCCGAUAUGCAAAACUAUCUGUUAUUUAUUUUUAUUAUUUUUAACUCGAAAUAUUUUAAUCUUCUAUAACUGUUCGAAAGUUUGCCAUUAUUCGAUAUAUAGACUUGAAAACUGUGAUGUGGUGUAUGUUAAUUAGGUAUAUAAUUUGAUGUAAUUUGAUGACAACUUUUAUUGUAAUCAUAUGUAGAACCAUGAACGAAUGCGAACGAA